CGCACCACUAGGCUGACCCAGUUACAUACAAAACCUUUGUCUCCUAUCACAUCUGAUCUUUUGCAGGCUUAUGAACGAGACAACAUGGCGCAAGCACCGCAAGUACAAGUCUAUGAACAUGAUGAUGCCUGGGACACCAACUGGCUGAGGGUUGAUGAAACACACGAACUUUACUAUGAGCAGUACGGCAAACAAGAUGGGAAAGCAGUCAUCUAUCUACACGGAGGACCCGGGGGUCACAUAUCAAAGGGGAAUACUGCAUUCUUCAACCCCAGGUACUAUCGGGUAGUAUUGCUUGAUCAGCGAGGAUGCGGGAAGUCUCGACCAAAUGCCAGCACCAUUAACAACACGACCUGGCAUCUUGUCUCUGAUAUUGAAGCUCUUAGAGAACACCUUGGUAUUGCCAAGUGGCAUGUGGUCUUUGGAGGCUCCUGGGGCUCAACAUUGGCCCUCGCGUACGCUCAAACGCAUCCGUCGUCCGUGAGUUCUCUGGUGCUGCGCGGUAUCUUCGCAGUCCGACAGCUCGAGCUGAAGUGGACCAUGGAACCAGGAGGAGCAAGCAUACUCUUUCCCGAUCUCUUCGAAGAGUUUAUCAACUUUCUCCCCGAAGAGGAACGAAUCGACCAUGUAGCCUCUUAUCACAAGCGUUUGAUGUCCGAGGAUGAGAGUGUGAGUCACCCUGCUGCGAGGGCGUGGAACAAAUGGGAAGUUUCUAUCAGCACCCUGUAUCCGAAUGUCAGAGGUCUGGCCCAGCUCGAUGAUGCGUCUUACAAUCUGGCACACGCGAGGACGGAAGCUCAUUACUUCCAAAAUCAGGCUUGGCUGGAAGAAGGGCAGUUGCUAAGGAAAGAGAACAUCGAUAAAAUCCGCCACAUCCCUACGACUAUUGUACAAGGCCGUUACGAUGUGGUUUGUCCGCCUACUACUGCAUGGGAGCUGCAUAAGGCGUUUCCGGAAUCUAAGUUACACUGGGUGUCCGAUGCUGGACACAGCGCAACAGAGCCGGGAACACAGAAGAAGCUCAUCGAGACAUGCGAGGAGUAUGCGAAACUAUCAUUCACAUAAACCUUAGUCGAAACAACGAACCGGACCGGUUGCACCCGAGAAAGCGGGUCCGAUAACUA